GACAGCUGUCAAUCUGUUAAUCACUUCAGUUUUUUUACUUUUUUGUUAUUUCAAACUGCAAAGAUUAAUAAUCAAUGUUUGAAUGUUUAUUAAUUUUCGUUUGAAAGAACUUACCCGAAGAGAAUAAUAAAAAUUUGAGGUUUACAUGUGCAAAAGAGGAGACAGUAAAAUUCAGUGCAAAUAUGAACCCCAUGACAAAUGUUAAAAAUGUUUUAAAACUCAGUGAGCGAGAAUUAACUGGUAAUUCUAAGACCUCAUGGCAUGAUCAAUACAAAGACAGUGCUUGGAUUUUCAUUGGUGGUAUGCCAUAUGAUUUAACAGAAGGUGAUAUAAUUUGUGUGUUUUCUCAGUAUGGUGAAAUAGUUAACAUUAAUUUAGUAAGAGAUAAAGCUACUGGCAAAUCUAGGGGAUUUGCUUUUAUUUGUUAUGAAGAUCAACGCUCAACUAUUUUAGCUGUGGAUAACUUAAAUGGAAUUAAGAUACUAGGCAGGACAAUUCGUGUUGAUCACUGCGAGCAGUAUCGAGCACCAAAUGCAGAUAUGUCAAAGAUUGAUGAAUUAACAGCAGCAGUGCGUACUGAAGGUUGUGCACCGGUUGCACCUAAGGUGGAGGUCUUAAAAGUGAAACAGGAGAAAGAGCAUAAAGAAAAUAAGAGGAAAAAUAAAGAGAAGAAGAGCAAAAAGAAGAAAAAGAAGAAAAGUAAAAAGACUGAAAGUGAUAGUAGUUCUAGUGAUUGAAAAGAUUUAAGUCAAUAAUAAUUGUAAUGAAAAAAGAUACAUUAAUAAUCCAAUUUUUUUUUAUUGCUUUGCAUGCAAAUCAAUUACUUUACCACUCACUAUUUUCAUUUUUCACGAUUCUCCGAAAUCCAUAGUACAAUCUGCGUCAGAUGUUAAAAUUAAAUCAACCCGAAUAAAUUCCGAUAGAGUCAAUGCACUCCAGGCUCGAAGCCAAUGAUUUGUUCUUGACCGCGAAAGUUAAGCUACAUGGUUACAAUCGAUAUUUCACUACCACACUGGUCGAAUUUUAGUUUCCGCUCACAUAAUAUUCUGGUUCAGAAAUACCUCUGUCCUGGGAAGAACCAGAAAAUGAGAGAAGCUGAGAGGCCAAUGUUAAGGUAUUUAUUUCUAUAAGUUUUUCUCUAACAAGUUCUCGGUCUUACGUUGUAUAUAGCUUUAAUGGAUCUUUUCUGCAAAACAAAAAUUGUUUCUAAAUCAGCUGUAUUUCCCCUCCGCAAAAUCCCAUGAGACAUUAUGCUAAGCUACUACUGCAUAAGCUCCUGAGCUUAGAUUGCUUGCUAGUUUAGAUAUAUGGGGGCCCCACUGAAGCUUUGCGUCGAGUGAUACCAAGAAAAACAGUGGAUUCAACAGGGUUAAGUUCUUCCCCAUUCAAUAACACAUUGGUAUUCAGAUUUUUAACAUUCGGCGUAGUAAAUUUGAUAGAUUUUGUUUUAUUGCCGUUUAACCCUUAACUUAGCAGAGUGAAUCAGUGGAUACACUGCUCAAAAAUAUUGUAGGAAAACUAAACAAAUUUUGACAUAGAUUUUCUUGUAAUAAGUUAGUCUAUGAACUAUGAUAUUUAGUAGGAUUUAUAGUUUUAUUGCUGGUAACACUGAACUGUUAGUAGCCCGCAAGAUGGCGGACCGUAAGCAGGCGUCUACGCACAAGCCGGUAAGUAUAUGUAUUUUGCUACUUUUUAAUGCGUUUUUGAUUAUUAUUUGAAGUGAAAGUAAAUGCAGUAAUGUUAAAUUAUCCCUGGAUAUAGUUUCUUGAUACCAAAAGAGCAAUGGCAGAAAAAUAGUUACAAAAAUUAUAGCGUCUAGAAAUAAGUUAUAUAUAAAAUGAGUUUUAUUAUUUUUCUAUCAUUUUUCAAAUAGAAAUAUAUUUUAAUUAAAGCCACAGAAAAAAACAAACAUUUUUGGGAAUAUCAAAUGACUUAAAUCAUUUUACUCUAUUCAAAUGUUGCCAUUUAGUAUAUUUAUACUAUUUUCGUAUACACUUUGUAAGACUACCAACACAACACAAAAUAUUUUUAUAUUAAGUUAUUAUUAGUAACAACUGUACUAUCAGUAGUAAUAAAAAUAAAAGUGAUAUGGCUGAGACUGAGAAUAAGAUGUAACAAUUCCAUUUAAUGUUAUGCCAACACUAGCUAAAAUAAAAUGUCACUAUUUUUUUUUACUGGCUUUACGGCUCUGGGUUCUAGCUCUUCUGAGAAUGUCACUAUGAUACAAAAGACCUGGAGCCAUGCUAGAAAUAUACAUUUAUAGUAUGCAAAUAUAUAAUAAAGAUACAAUAAUCUAAACACUCUCAAUUAUGUAUUAUGUAUUAAACGCGAUAAAAUUCGUAAAAGUAGUUUUAUUCAAGAGGGGUUUCUGCCAAUAAACUCAACAAUAAUGUACCCCUAAUAAAAAAAACCAGCUGCAGAGAGACCCAUUGACGCUAUACAAUAUGACCAAGUUGGUCAUAUGCCAGUAUUUGAAACUAAAGGCAGCUGCAAAAAUUGCACAAAAGGCCAAACCCGAAUUCAUUGUCAAAAAUGUAAAAUAAGACUUUGUUUGGUAGAAGAGCGCAACUGUUUUCAUGCAUAUCACACCAAAUAGUAUUCUAAAGCAAAUAAUUUGUAUUGUUUGAUUAUAUAACGUGAUCUUAUAAUUAUACGACUGUUAAUUUGAUAAUAAAAAUGAUAAACAAUUGUUGAUUAAUUACAAUAAUUAGAAUUUAUUUCUUGUUACAAUGUAAACCUGGCACUGUAUCUUUCAGGACACGUACUUUUUUAUAAUGUAAAUUGUUGCUUACCUGGCAGUGUGCACUGCAGGAUACGUUC